CUCUCUCUCUCUCUCUCUCUCUCUCUCUCUCUCUCUCUCUCUCUCUCUCUCUCUCUCUCUCUCUCUCUCUCUCUCUCUCGUAUACACACUCUCUCUCAAACUCAUGCACACGCACUGCUGAGGAGGGAGAGACGGAAAAGGGAAAGGCGGGAUGAGUUUGUGGGCACUGCUGUAGCACCUGUGUACAUGUAAGCAUUUACGGCGGAGAGGAGAUCGGGAUCUGAAAAGAGAGGACAAGAAGACAGAGAAGAAGUAGAAGAAAGAGGAGAAGAGAAAUAACCGGAGAGGCGGAAAGAGAAGAGGUGCUGGGACGAGAAAAAGACAGGCGAGUUGAAGCCAUUCUGGACACUUUAGAACAGAGAAGAGAGGUGGAGGAGGGAGAUGAUGAAGAUUAUGAAGAUGCUGCUGUGUGUGUUGGGCUGUGUGUGUGUGUCUCAGGCAGAGGUAGCAAUGGUAAACUCUGGGACAACAUUUACCUACCUCUGCAUGGGUAACACCAUCACACAUAUGCCCACACACAUCCCCAAGAACACCACUGACCUGGAGUUCAAACAGACGCACAUCAGAGUGUUUCCCCGAGAAGCCUUCACCAACCUACAGCAGCUCACUGCCAUUGUGCUAACAGAGAAUGGUAUGUUAGAGAGCAUCGGGGCUUUUGCAUUUGCUAACCUCCCCAGACUAACUGAGAUAACCAUCACCAAGUCAAAACACCUGGUCAUCAUCCAUCAUCAGGCUUUCAUGGGACUUCCGAAACUCAGUCACCUGACGAUCUGCAACACUGGACUGAGGGUCCUACCUAACUUCUCCCGGAUCCACUCCGCCGCCCUGACGUUUCUGCUGGACCUGCAGGACAAUGUACACAUAGUGAUUAUCCCCAGCAACGCUUUCCUCGGCCUCACCACUAAUACCAUCGAUGAACUACGACUGACCAAGAACGGCAUCAGUGAGGUGGAGAGUCACGCCUUUAACGGAACCAAGAUACACAAACUGUUUCUCAUGGGCAACCUGCAACUUUCUCAUAUGCAUAAUAAUUCCUUCAAAGGAGCAGAGGGGCCGGGGUUCCUAGACAUCUCUCAUACAGCGCUGAGUUCCCUGCCAGAGUCAGUGCUGGGUGAAGUUGAGCAUCUGUCCGCUGUCUCGGUGUUCUCACUCAGAGUGCUGCCUUCCCUGUCCCUAUUCACAAAGCUACGACAGGCUAACCUCACCUACCCAUCUCACUGCUGCGCCUUCCAUAAACAACAGAGGAACAGGACCUUCCGGAUGACCUCCGCGUGCUUUAAACCCGGGGCUCAGAACAACCUCCACUUCUUCAUGGACUUCUGUUUAAAUUGGACGUCUGUGGCCUGUAGUCCCGCCCCCGAUGCCUUCAACCCCUGUGAAGACAUCAUGGGCUCCGCCCCUCUACGUGUCCUCAUCUGGAUCAUCUCUGUGCUCGCACUGUUAGGCAACACCAUCGUGCUGCUUGUGUUGCUAGGCAGCCGAGCGAAGAUGACGGUGCCACGCUUCCUGAUGUGCCACCUGUCCUUUGCCGACUUGUGUAUGGGCGUAUACCUGGUGGUCAUAGCAACAGUGGACGUGCGUACGAGAGGUCUGUACUACAACCACGCUAUUAGCUGGCAGACCGGGGCGGGCUGUGACAUCGCCGGGUUCUUCACUGUGUUUGCCAGUGAGCUGUCUAUGUUUACUCUGACGGCCAUCACCCUGGAGCGCUGCCACACCAUCACCCACGCCCUCAGACUGGACCGCAAGCUCCGCCUCCGACACGCCUGUGCUGUCAUGGCUACCGGCUGGGCCUUCUCCUGUCUGGCGGCUCUGCUACCCACUGUAGGCGUAAGCAGCUACAGCAAGGUGAGUAUCUGCCUGCCCAUGGAUGUGGAGUCGCUGCCGUCUCAGGUGUUUGUCAUGUUCCUCCUGCUGCUGAACGUGGUGGCCUUCCUGUGCGUGUGUGUGUGCUACCUGAGCAUCUACCUGUCCGUCCGUAACUCCUCCUCCCCCCCAGCCAGUGCUGAAACCCGCAUGGCUCAGCGGAUGGCCAUCCUCAUCUUCACGGACUUCCUGUGCAUGGCGCCUAUUUCCUUCUUCGCCCUCUCUGCCGCGCUCAAACUACCCCUCAUCACCGUCUCCGACUCCAAGCUGCUAUUGGUCCUCUUCUACCCAAUAAACUCAUGCGCCAACCCCUUCCUGUACGGAUUAUGCACCCGGACAUUCCGCCGGGACUUCUUCCUGCUGGCAGCGCGAUAUGGCCUGUUCACGACCAAAGCCCAGGUCUACAGGACAGAGAGUUUCUCCGUCCAGCAGGCUGCAUGGAUCCAAAUGUCGCCCAAAGCCUCCCACGGGACGCUGUGUUAAUUGGUUCAAAGCCAAGCCACCGGACCUCUACUGAAACCCUGACCUUUAACCCCUCACCCCUGAACCCAAGACCAGGCACGGGACACUGUGGCCGGUUUAAACAACAACAGCUUCUCUGAGAGGGAUGGGAAAAACAGAGUACGCACACACACGUACGUACUCAUACACACAUGCACACAGACACACACAGGACUCCAGGAGGUGUGCGCAGUGACAGGCUGCUGUUUAAUAGUAGCAGAUGGCUGUUUAGUAGUGCUUUAGCUAGUGUUUGACUUCACAAAUUCACCUGAUCGCAUCAACAUACUGAACCCUCUCUCUGCUCUCUACCUCCUCCCUCUUUCUGUCUCUCUUUCCCCUCCCCCUGUCUUCUCAAUAUAGAGUAAACACAGUUCAAGAUUUGUUAAAUGUUUUUAAGAGAUAUGUAAAGAUGUUUUUAAGAGAUAUGUAAAGAUGUUUUUUUGUUUGUUGUUGCUUCCAGACCUGGGUCAGAUACAGACACAAAGAGGUGCUUUGUGUUUUUGAGGUGUGCCUAAUGUAGGUUAGAAAGUUUGCAUUCCAUUGAGCAGGGCAAACCAAACCAACGGCAGAAGUAUUUUAAACGACUUUAAAUGGUUUACUUAACCCAGGUCUGGUUCUUUCAUGAGUUGCGUUUAUUGGUUGUGGAAAAAAUGUGUCUAUAUGAUUUGUGCAUCUACUGUUGUUGAUAAAGCUCUAUGAUUGUGCAUUUUA